AUGAGCAAGACGACGGAAUGUAAGGGCGGGGCGAUAGCAAAGGUGGAAAGUGAUGGGAGAAGCCAGAUGGGUAGGAAAGGGAAUGCGAACGUGCUGACGGCUGCGAUCCUGCACCGAGGAAAGUGUGGUCUUUCCAAAGGAAUUACACGUUACAUGAUGGCAAUGGCGAUAUCCGACUUGAUGGUGCUUGUUUUUCACGUGUGUUUCAGAGAAAUCUACCUUUACUAUACACCUAACUCCUUACUGUCCCGCAGCAGAGUGUGCCCUUCCUAUGUACAUCUGCGGGCACUCACCCUGGACUAUUCCGUCUGGUUAACCGUGUCCUUUAGCUUGGAUCGUUUUGUUAGCAUUUGCUGUCCGAAACUGAAACUCAGGUAUUGCACUGAGAAGACGGCCGCCGUGGUUAUUGUGUCCUUGUGCGCGCUGAGCUGCUUUAAAUACAUCCCCUUUCAGUUCAUGUACGAACCUCGCUAUGUCAUGGAUAACGUGAAGUGGGGAUGUCAGCCCAAACCUGCCUACUUCACCUCUAAAUGGUGGAUGUCAUUCACUUGGAUGUGCAGUAUCUCCCUGUGCUUGCUCCCUUUCGCUAUUAUUCUUCUUCUGAAUGGUUUGACGGUCAGAAACAUCGUAGCAGCCAACAGGGCUCGCCGGCGCUUGAAAGGACAGAAUGUCAAGGACAGCGAGUCAGAGAGCCGGCGCAAAUCUAUUGUCCUACUUUUCACCGUGUCCGCUUCUUCCAUACUACUCUGGACAACGGCAAUUGUAAGUUUAAUCUGUACUCGCGUAACAGUUAAUUUUGUUGCCGAGGAUCUCAGAAGCCCUGCGGCCAUCGCCAACGAGGUCGGGAUUUUGCUCAUACGCAUCAGCGCAGGCGCCAACACCUGCAUCUACGCCAUGACCCAAAGGAAGUUCAGAGACGAGUUAAAGAACGGGAUCAAUAAUCUGACUCGUGCUAUCAUUGAUCCCAUCAAGUUUGCGCGGUAA